UAAAUAAAUAAAUAAUAAAUAUCAUCCAUCCUUUUCGACAUACCUUGUUCAAACGAGCCUCGAACUCGAGCACGAAUUCUAUCUCAGAGCCUUAAACCUCGCCGACCCAGAGGUGGGCUGUGGUCUAAAGAGCUCAAACUUUUUUUUUUUUUUUUCCUUUCUACAGCAGGACUGACAUAUAACAUAUAUGGGCGAUAUAAGCCUUCAACAGUAUUCUAUAUGCAUAUGCACAACAAAUUGUUGGCAGUGGUCUUGAAUUAAAAUGAAUGGUACAGCCAGUGGGGCAGCAGCUGAUGAAAUGGGUUAUGCAAUGAGUAGACUGGAGAUAGAAUCAGACCUUUGUGAUGGUGGGAAGAGCAUCCAUGAAGCCAAUAACAAUCAAGGAUCCAACAAGCCAUUGAAUUAUUUAGACAACGAGAUUGCCCAGGUCACAAGGUUAAGAUCAGAACCCCAUGAACGGUUAAGCCAAGCCGUACCUGGUAGGCGGGAGUUACCUGUUUCCACAGUUAAGAUGUUGGCUGGUCGAGAAUGUAAUUAUUCAGGAAGAGGUAGAUUCUCAUCAGCAGAUUGUUGUCAUGUUCUAAGUAGAUAUUUGCCAGUAAAUGGUCCUUGGCUUGUUGACCAAAUGAACAGCCGAGCCUAUGUCUCACAGUUUUCAGCUGAUGGUUCUCUUUUUGUUGCUGGAUUUCAGGGAGGCCACAUUAGAAUAUACAAUGUGGAUCAAGGGUGGAAAGUUCAGAAGAACAUUCUUGCCAAAAGUUUGCGAUGGACAGUUACUGAUACAUCUCUUUCUCCAGAUCAGCGCUAUCUUGUUUAUGCCAGCAUGUCCCCUAUUGUCCAUAUUGUAAAUGUUAGGUCCGCUGAAGUAGAGUCUCUGGCAAAUAUUACGGAGAUCCAUGAAGGUUUGGAUUUUUCUUCUGAUGAUGACGGAGGAUCUUUUGGAAUAUUCUCUGUGAAAUUCUCAACAGAUGGACGAGAAGUCGUAGCUGGAAGUAAUGAUGAUUCUAUAUAUGUUUAUGAUCUUGAAGCAAAUAAGCUUUCCCUCCGGAUUCCAGCACACACGUCUGAUGUGAACACUGUAUGUUUUGCUGAUGAAACUGGCAAUCUCAUUUAUUCUGGGAGUGAUGAUACUUUCUGUAAGGUGUGGGACAGACGUUGUCUUGCUGCUAAAGAUAAGUCCGUAGGGGUCUUGAUGGGACACCUUGAAGGCAUUACAUUUAUUGACAGCCGUGGAGAUGGUCGUUAUUUCAUUUCAAAUGGCAAAGAUCAGACCAUAAAACUUUGGGAUAUCCGGAGAAUGUCCCCCAAUACUACUUGCAGUCCAAGCUUUGGGAGUUAUGAAUGGGACUACAGAUGGAUGGACUACCCACCACAGGCAAGAGAUAUGAAACACCCAUCUGAUCGAUCAGUGGCUACAUAUAGAGGUCAUUCCGUCUUGCGAACUCUUAUCCGCUGCUACUUCUCUCCUGCAUACAGCACUGGUCAAAAGUACAUCUACACUGGAUCGCACAAUUCGUGCGUUUAUAUUUAUGAUUUGGUGAGUGGAGCCCAAGUUGCAACACUCAAGCAUCAUAAAUCACCUGUAAGAGACUGUAGUUGGCACCCUAACUACCCCAUGCUUGUGAGCUCCUCAUGGGAUGGGGAUAUUGUCAAGUGGGAGUUUCCUGGGGGCGGUGAGCCGCCCUCCUCGAGCAAUAAGAGAGUUCGGAGGAGACAUUUUUAAUGAAGACCACUUGUUUUGUGGGGCAAGUUAUUAUGAUGAGUAAUGUUACUCUUCACGUUUAGAUUUUGCACCAGUUUUAUACUAGUUAAAGUAGUGUGUUUUAACUGACUUUUCAUGCUAGCCUCUUAAAGAAAACAAAAGUGUUAGCCACUUAAAACACACUUCAUCGGCCCGUGUGAAGCUGGUGUAAAAAGUAGCAUUACUCUAUUAUGAUAUAAUUUGGUAAAUACAUGUUUGUAUAGCGGUUCGACCUAUUUUUCAUUAUCAAAUAAGGUUCAAGCAAUGAGAUAUAUGAACUAUAAAUUCUCAUAUUCACCAUUGUCAGUUGUACAUAAAUAUGAUUUCUAGUGAAGAUUCUGAUCUUCAUUCAUUGUAAAUUCAUGAAGGAUCGAUCAACAAAUGGGUUAUUUCAAAUACCUCA